GCGGCCCGAGAAGAGGCAGAAGAAAAAGACGAGAGGGACCGGGGCGCGAAUCGAGCAGCCAUGUUUUUCCGUCGAAGGGGCGCCUAGUGCGGGGUUGUCAGUCGCUGCUGCUGCUUGCUGUCUGUGUUUGUUUGUGAAGCUCGGAGGGAAAGUGGAGCGGGGGAGGGGCGGGGUCCAAUGCUGCGCUGCAGCUGCUGCCGUUGCGGCUGCAUGAAGUCACUGCUCGCCCGGCGUGGAGCUUGCUCGCAGCAACGGCGAACCACUCGUCAUUUCAUCGUGGCGGCAACACGACCAGCAGCCUCCCACUGCAGCCGGCCUCGGGUCUCUGAUCCGGAAUCGUCCGGCAGCGGCUUGUCCUAGUCGUGACGACACAGGAUCCCUCAAGCUCGUCCGCUCCCACUAUUGCCAUGGGGCAACCGACAAGCCCUGAGGCCAUUCCAGUGUGCUCUACUCUCCAGCUGAAUGCAGUUGUCUCGCGCUUGCUCUCCGGUCUGCCAAGUACCAGCCGAC